CCUCUGCUCCCUCUUCUCUCUUCCCCACCAUCACAACAUGCUUAACCAAAAAGAAGGCCCACGAGGACAGGUGGAGUCUAGCAACUAAGAGGAAGAAACAGCUAUUAGAAAGCAGUUUUCCCUUGGUCCAAAGCAUCAGACAGGUAAGAGUUUCUCUUUCUCCUUUUUAAGGAGCUGCGCAGAAGAGUUGUUGCUGUCAAUUACUAUUUUGUGAAAAUUUUAUGCACAAGUCCCACAGCUGCUGUAUACGUUCAACUGACAAGCAAAGAAGAAGAAAGCAGAGAGUGUCAAAUCGUUCCAAGCCAAUUAUGCAGGCACCCUCUGGAUUCUCUUUUAUACCACCAAACCCAGUAUUUACAGGAUUUUCAACACAGCCAAAGAACGAUAUUCCAGUGACAGUUUCAGCACUGCCAAAUGUGCUUUGUACAUCUGCAAACCAAGCAAACUCAAUCUUUGGAGUCCCAGGUGGGUUAAAUCCGGGUCUGAAUGUACAGCCUCUACCACAGUCAAAAGCAACUUUGCCAGCACUGUUCCCGCCAAAGUUGAAAGAACCUGAACCAGUAGCACUGCCUCUGUCAGCAACCUCACCAUUCUCAGGGAGAGAUGAAAACUUUCACUAUAUUACAGAUAAAGUGCAGCAGCUGGAACUUGAUAAAAAUCAUCAAGCAGCGGAAAAGCAACAAGAGGUAAUGUAUCCUUACCACGAAGAACAGAACAAGAAAGCAGAGAACAGCUUGUAUGGCCAGUAUGAGGAGAAGGUCCGUCCCUGCAUUGAUCUCAUUGACUCUCUCAGAACACUCGGAGUAGAAAAAGAUCUCCCUUUGCCAGCAAUUGCUGUAAUUGGAGACCAGAGCUCUGGAAAAAGCUCAGUCCUAGAAGCACUGUCUGGUGUCGCUCUUCCUAGAGGCAGUGGCAUUGUUACCAGAUGUCCUUUGGUACUCAAACUUAAAAAGACAGCACCUGAACACGGGUGGAAAGGGAAAAUUAGUUACCUCGGUAUAAAUGAGGUACUCCAGAAUCCUGCACAGGUGGAGAAAGAAAUAAGAAAGGCCCAGGAUGCAAUGGCUGGUGAAGGAGCGGGCAUUAGCCAUGAAUUAAUUUCCCUGGAAAUCAGCUCCCAAGGUGUUCCAGAUUUGACCCUGAUUGACUUACCAGGGAUCACAAGAGUGGCUGUGGGGAAUCAGCCAGAAGACAUUGGAGAACAGAUUAAAAAGCUAAUUAAAAGAAUCAUUACUAAACAAGAGACAAUAAACCUAGUGGUGGUACCCAGUAAUGUGGAUAUUGCAACAACCGAGGCACUGAAAAUGGCUCAAGAGGUGGACCCUCUUGGAGAGAGAACUCUAGGGAUCUUGACAAAGCCUGAUUUGGUGGACAAAGGGACUGAGGAGGCUGUUGUCGAUAUAGUACGGAACCUUGUCAUCCAUCUGAAAAAGGGUUAUAUGGUGGUUAAAUGCCGUGGACAGCAAGACAUUCAGAACGACUUGAGCCUAGACCGUGCAAUCCAAAAAGAGAGAAAAUUCUUUCAGGAUCAUGAAUAUUUUAGUGUCCUUUUGGAUGAAAGAAAGGCCACGAUUCCUCUUUUGGCAGAAAAACUUACAGCAGAACUUGUGCUUCACAUUAAUAAAAAUAUCCCCAGAUUAGAGGAUCAAAUAAGUGAAGAACUCCAAAAAUCAUCUCAAGAGUUACGCAAAUACGGCAAAGGUGCACCCAAAACAGAUGGCGAGAAACUGUUUUUCCUCAUAGAUAAAAUCAAACUCUUUAAUCAAGACAUUGUGAAUUCAGUGCAUGGAGAAGAAAAAGUGUCUGGAAAUGAAAUCAGACUGUUUACGAAAGUCCGCAAGGAGUUUCAAAAAUGGGGGAAAGCACUUGAUGAGAGUUCAGUGAAGAUUCAAAAAGUUAUACAUCAUGAAGUAUGGAGAUUUGAAAGUCAGUACCGUGGAAGAGAGCUCCCUGGCUUUAUCAAUUACAGGACAUUUGAGGACAUUGUCAAACAGCAGAUCAAGGAACUCGAAGAACCAGCUGUUGAUAUAUUGAAGACAGUGGUUGAAAUCGUCCGACAGCAUUUUACAGUUCUUGCCAAAGCUCACUUUGAUGAUUUUUACAAUCUUAACAGAGCUGCCAAGAACAGAAUUGAAGACAUUAGAGAGAAACAAGCAGAAGCUGCUGAAACAAUGAUACGAACCCAGUUUAAAAUGGAGCAGAUGGUUUACUGCCAGGACAACGUUUACAGUGAAGACUUAAAAUCUAUCAGAGAAGAUACAGCUGAGCAGGCAACAGGCAAAACUGUGACACCCAAAUUCAAGAAGUUCGAUUUUGGAACCACUGCACUUCAUAACCAAUAUUCUGUCAAGGAAAUGGCUUAUCACCUGGAGGCGUAUUUCAAUGGAGCAGGUAAUCGUCUUUCCAGCCAAAUUCCUCUGAUCAUCCGGUCCUUCGUCCUUCAGGACUACGGCGAUAACCUACAGAAUGUAAUGAUGCAACUCUUACAAGAGAAAGCACAAUUAGGUUUCUUGCUUGAGGAGCGAAAAGAGGCAGCUGACCAAAGGAAUUUUCUGAGUGAACGGAUUCGUCGUCUUACAAAAGCUCGUCAACACCUAGUAAGAUUCUCUGUUCUGUAGCUGUUCCAUUGUUUACGCAGGGGUCUCAACUCCAUUAAUUUUUAUUGAAAGAAUCUGCAGCAGUUUAUCCUUGUGGAAUUGCUUAUCUGUCUACAGUGGCCUUUUUUCAAAACAGAUCAAUAGCUGAAAGAAAUAAUUGCUUAGCUGAGA